GGGCACUAAAGGCAGAGAUUAUAUUGAACGCCCUACAGCAGAGCUGAACUAAAGUGGGAUUUUUGUUUUUAUUUAUUUAUUUUUUUAAAAAAAUAUUAUUAUCAUCUAAUUUGUUUAUGGUGAAAGAGAUUCUGCUCGAGCUUCACGAUGAGGAAAAGUGAGUUGCAUGCUGCUGAGUCGGUGGCUUGUCUGAAUAAAGCCCUGGAUCACCUCAAGGACAUCUGGGAGGAGAUCGGCAUUCCAGAGGACCAGAGAAUGCAGCGUACUGAUGCGGUCAAAAUGCACAUCAAGAACCUUCUGGACAUGAUGAUAGCAGAGGAGGAGGGCCUGAAAAAGAGGUUGCUGAACAGCAUCGAGUCAUGUCGGAAGGAGCUGGAUGGUUUGUGCCAAGAGCUUCAACUCUCUCCAUACGAGGAGGACGAUGGCCUGAGCAUGCUUCAGCUGGAGAAGGAGAUUCGCACAAGGUUGAAGGUGAUGAUGAAGCAGAAGAACCAACGCAUGAGCGAGCUGAAGAGUCUGAUCCAGCAGGACCGUGAGCUUUGCGACAUCCUGUGCGAAAACCCGAACCCCAUCGACGCAGACCGCGUUCCGUCUGCCCAGCAGCUGCAUGACUACCAGCAGCACAUCGCCAGCCGCAACCAGGAGAAGGAGCGCCGCUAUGCCGAGUUCGUGUCCCUCAAGCGCCAGAUAAUCACAGCCAUGGAGGACCUUGAGCAGAUGCCUGACACUAGCUUCGAAAGAGACGUGGUGUGCGAGGAGGAGGAGGCGUUCUGCCUCUCGCUAGAAAACAUCACCGCUCUGAAUGUACUACUGAGCCAGUUGGAGAAUCGGAAAGCAGAGAUUGAGGCAGCGUGCGUGUCGUACCGUGACCGUAUCACAGAGCUGUGGGAGAGACUACAGAUCCCCCAGGAAGAGAGAGACUCCAUGGCUGAACACAUGAAAUUCAGCAAAAAGAGGAACAUGGAUGCUCUGCACGCUGAGGUUGAAUGCCUGGAGGAGCUGAAGAUGAAGAACAUCCAGAAUGUCAUCGAGUCCAUCAGAGCUGAAAUCGAGAUCCUCUGGGAGAAAUGCUUUUACAGCCUGGACCAGAGACAAGCCUUGACUGCAUAUUACUCCGAUAAUUUCACUGAGGAGCUUCUGACUGUUCAUGAGCAAGAAUUGCAGUGGCUAAAGCAGAAUUAUGAGCAUCACCGAGAGCUUUAUCUUGGGGUGGCAAGCUGGCAGAGUAACUGGAUUCUCUACCAGGAACUGGAGAAAAAGGCCAGGGAUCCAUCUCGCUUUCACAACAGAGGCGGCAACCUGCUACGGGAGGAGAAACAAAGAGCAGAUCUUCAGAAAAGUCUGCCCAAGCUGGAGAAAAGUCUGAAGAGCCAGAUUGAGCAGUGGGAGGCGGAGAGCGGCUCGGACUUCCGGGUCAACGGGCAGCACUUCAUGCAGUAUGUGGAGGAACAGUGGAAUCUUCACCAACUGGAGAAAGAGAAGGAGAAACUUGAGAGGCAAAUGAAAAAGAGCAAGCAGACCGAGGAGGACAUGCUGUACGGUACAGCGCUCAAAACCCCCACCAAGAGAAGACUAGCAGGAACGCCUACACCUGGGAAAUCUCGCAAGCUGAAUUCUACCACCAGUAUGGUUAGCUCUACGCCCAACACCACCUUGCGCUCCAUUGGUCAGUCUCCAUCCAUGAGACCACCCCUCUCAGCCAGCAGGAUCGGUUUAGGUUUGCGUACACCUACUCGUACUCGGACGCCCCGCGGUCUGGAGAGGAACAAGGAAAACAUUUCUCAGCUGAGUGGAGCUCUGCGCACCAUGACCUCCAGUCCAUACCGAAACUGCUCCAUCAACUCUGUCGCCAGCUCCUACACAGAGUUUGCGAGGGAUUUUGUCAACAUUGAAUCCACAACCAUCUCCAGCGAGAACUCUCACAAGCUACAAAGUCCAGCUACAAGGCUGGAAUUCUGAACUCCACAAUCACACGCUAAAUGCCGCUGUCCUGGAACCAUGGCCUUCACUCCAGUUGUCUGAUCAACGCCACUGUUUCUGUAUAUGAAGAGAUAUUUUAAGAGAUUGCUGAAUGUAAAUUACCUGCAAAAGAUAUGUGGAACCUGUGUAAAUAUUUUGACUUCUGUUUAACCAUUUUCUUUUAUUAUUAUUGUUUUCUUUUUAAACAUGCAUCUUAGCUCACAUCAGUUUUAUAUGGACAUCUGGUCAAGAUCUAUAGUUUGUAUUAAAACUGCAAUAAACUCCUGCAUUCUUUUUAACCAUUCUUAUGGGCUUGCACAGUAUUUUAUGGUUUUGGGACCAUCUAGGCAUUAUUUGUAUUAGGAUCACCUGUUCUGUGUGUGUUUAAUUUUUAACUUCUACUCAAUACCUAACACUAGUCCUUCAAUCCUGAAAUGUUUGUUUGAUUGCAAACACUAAGGGCAUCCUGUAAAAUAAAUGUAUUCAUUCAGA